AUGGCGACGGAUCGGGAGAAGGAGCGCGAGGCGGAGCUGGAGAGCGCCAUGUACACUAACUGCCUACUCCUCGGCCUCGAUCCCGCCGUCCUUGGCUCCCCCUCCUCCCCCGCCGGCCGCGUCGGCCUCUUCCGUCACUCCAACCCCCGCCUUGGCGAGCAGCUCCUCUACUUCCUCCUCUCCUCGCUCCGCGGCCCCGCGCAGUCCGCGAAGGCAAUCCGCUGGCUCUUCUCCAAUUUCUGGUUCCCUUGUGAUUUUGACAAGGUCUGGCCAAUCUUCGACUCCGCCCAGUCCAGGGAGUUCAGAAAGAUCGUUCAAGGGAUCAUCAGCGAGCUGGAGCAGCAGGGGGCACUGCCUCGGAGCAAUUCUAGGGUCUCGUCGCUUGCCACAUGCUGCGGACCGAGAUUUGUUGAGCUUUUGUGGCAACUCUCUGUACAUGCCCUGAGAGAAGUCCACAGGAGAACAUUUGCAGCUGAUGUUGCAUCAAAUCCACUACCUGCAGCACUAACAGAUGUUUCUUAUCUUCAUGCUGCUUCUUUACUCCCAGUAACCAAGGCAAGAAUAGCUCUGGAGAGGCGUAAAUUUCUUAAAAAUGCAAACAUAGCUGUUCAGAGGCAAACGACAUGGUCAAAUUUGGCCCAUGAGAUGACAGCUGAGUUCCGAAGUCUAUGUGCUGAAGAGGCUUAUUUGCAGCAAGAGUUAGAGAAACUACAAGAUAUGAGAAACAAAACAAAACUUGAAGGCGAACUCUGGGAUGAACGGCUGUCAGGCUCAUCUGGGCAGAACUCUCAUUUGGUUUCUAAGGCAACUCGUCUUUGGGAAUCAAUAUUGGCUCGCAAAGGCCAGCAUGAGGUUUUAGCUUCUGGACCAAUUGAAGAUCUUAUAGCACAUCGGGAGCACAGAUACCGGAUAUCAGGAUCACAGUUACUAGCAGCGAUGGAUAUGAGUUCAAGUGUUCCACAUUCUGAGUUACUAUCAUCUCGAGCUGGUGAAACUUCUCCAAUUUUGGACAAGCAGGAACAGAUUUCUCAGCUAUUCCAAGGAAAGGAAGAAGCCCUUUCAAGGUCAGAUGAUAGGAAUGGACGUACUCAACAAACUGUUGAUGUAGCUGAAAUUCUUCGCCGCUGGACUCAUGCUUUACAGCGUAUUCAUAAACAAUCUCUUCAUUUGGCCAAAGCGAAUGAUGGAGAGGGGCCUGAAUUACUGAGGAGUGCAUCCGACGGAGAGGCCAGUACUCAUUCUGAUUCGUUAACUGCGACAUUAGCUGAACAUCGCCAGCAUUUAGUCAGUAUACAGGGUCUAAUUAAUCAACUCAAGGAGGCUAUUCCGGCAAUGCAGCAGUCUAUUGAUGAACUCUCAGAAGAAGUGAAUAGUGUAUCUAUUAACUCAAUGGAUCAAUUGAACUCGAGGCUACCACUGUCAGUACAAAGCGCAGGGCUUGGAAGAUCGGAAGAAAGAAGCAGUGAAGUUUCGGAGAUCAGUUCUAAGCUCUCUUCUACACACUUGGACAAGCCUGGGGGCAGUCCUGCUCUAAAGCUACCACCAUUAUUUAGUCUGACUCCAAGUUCUUCUGGAAAAGGAACACAGACACAAAAACGGAAUGCGCUGGCUCGUCAACCUAGCCAUGAGAUCACAUCAGAAGAGAAAACACUUACCAUCCCUUCAACUAAAGAUCAAAUGAAUGGUUCAAUGCGUGAAAAUGAUGACUAUUCUGCUCAUGACAUUAGACGGUCUAUUCGUGAAGCUGCUUUAUCAAAGCCAUUGAGGAAUGCAGAGAGGCCACAAGAUAAAAAUAGUGAUGAUGGUUCAGAGCACUUCUUUAUUCCGUUGUCAUCUGGUGCUGCAAAGAAGGAUAUGGAUUCAGUGACAAAUGGACAUAACCAGAGAUUAGGCUUGUUGCCACAGAUGAAGUUCGCAAAGAGCACAAGUGGCAUUUACUACAAUGCGGAUAGCCCAAUAAACACAAGUCCAGUUCUGUUAAGUGAACUGAAUGGACAUGAUUCGAUCAGUGCCAUGAGUUUUCUUGACCCGGCUGGUGGUCUGGCACAUCAGUCCUUUAUCACUGAUGACGCCCAGGAUCAAGUAUUCUCCCCUCCUCUAUUGAUGGAAUCUUCGUUGUUCCAUGAUGCAGACGAGGACCUACUUGCACCAUUGUCAGAGACCGAUGCAGCAUUAAUGGAACAUUAA